AUCUAUUUGCUCUUGGGGACAGAAGCUGACAGUGGCACUCACUGUACAGGCUUGUCAUGGAUCUAGCAGCCUCUGCGGCAUCUCCUGUCACAUUGGGAAAAUGAAGAAUUCCAGGACAUGGGGUUGGAGGGUGCUGAUGGAGAUAUUUCUUCUCUGUGCUGCCCUGGUCUGUCUCAGUUUGCCUGGCUCCAGAGGUGAAAGGCCACAUGCCUUUGAGUCAAAUGCAGCUAACAAGAGCUUUGCUAAGAGCAGACAGACGCGGAGUGUGGAUGUUACCCUGAUGCCCAUUGAUUGUGAGCUGUCUAGCUGGUCCUCUUGGACCACAUGUGACCCCUGUCAGAAGAAAAGGUACAGGCAUGCCUAUUUGCUGCGGCCCUCUCAGUUCCACGGGGAACCAUGCAACUUCCCUGACAAGGAAGCUGAAGACUGUGUUGCCAACAGACCGUGCAGAAGUCAAGUGCGAUGUGAAGGCUUCGUGUGUGCACAGACAGGAAGGUGUGUAAACCGCAGACUUCUUUGCAAUGGGGACAAUGACUGCGGAGACCAGUCAGAUGAGGCCAACUGUAGAAGGAUUUAUAAAAAAUGUCAGCAUGAAAUGGACCAAUACUGGGCAAUUGGCGGUCUGGCCAGUGGGAUAAAUUUGUUCACAAACACUUUGGAGGGCCCAGUUCUUGAUCACAAGUAUUAUGCGGGUGGAUGCUCCCCACAUUACAUCCUGAACACGAGGUUUAGGAAGCCCUACAACGUGGAAAGCUACAUGCCACAGACGCAAGGCAAAUAUGAAUUUGCACUGGAAGAAUAUGAAUUGUACUCAGAUUUUGAACACAAUGUCAUGGAGAAAACAAUAAAAAAGUCUAGUUUCGGUUUUGGUUUAAAAAUACCUGGAAUAUUUGAAAUUGGUAUCAGUAGUCAAAGUGAUCAAGGCAAACACUAUAUCAAGAGAAUCAAACGAUUCUCUCAUACUAGAAGCGUAUUUCUGCAUGCACGCUCUGACCUUGAAGUAGCACAUUACAAGCUGAAAUCCAGAAGCCUCAUGCUCCAUUACGAGUUCCUUCAGAGAGUUAAGCAGCUACCCCUGGAGUACGGCUACGGGGAAUACAGAGAUCUCUUCCGUGAUUUUGGGACCCACUACAUCACAGAGGCCGUGCUCGGGGGCAUUUAUGAAUACACACUCGUUAUGAACAAAGAGGCCAUGGAGAGAGGAGAUUAUACUCUUAGCAACGUCCAUGCCUGUGCCAAAAACGAUUUUAAAAUUGGCGGUGCCAUUGAAGAGGUCUACGUCAAGCUGGGUGUGUCCGUAGGCAAAUGCAGGGGUAUUCUGAAUGAAAUAAAAGACAGAAAAAAGAGGAACACCAUGGUGGAGGACUUGGUGGUCCUGGUACGAGGAGGGGCAAGUGAGCACAUCACCACCCUGGCGUACAAGGAGCUGCCGACAGCAGACCUGAUGCAGGAGUGGGGAGACGCUGUGCAGUACAACCCAGCCAUCAUCAAAGUUAAGGUGGAGCCUCUGUAUGAACUAGUGACAGCCACAGAUUUUGCGUAUUCCAGCACAGUGAGGCAGAACAUGAAGCAGGCGCUGGAGGAGUUCCAGAAGGAAGUUAGUUCCUGCCAGUGCGCUUCCUGCCAAGGGAAUGGAGUCCCUGUCCUGAAAGAAUCACACUGUGACUGCAUCUGUCCUGCUGGAUUCCAAGGCCUAGCCUGUGAGAUCUCCUAUCAGAAGAAUAUCACUAUUGAUGGGAAGUGGAAUUGCUGGUCAAAUUGGUCUUCAUGCUCUGGAGGACAUAAGACAAGACAAAGGCAGUGUCACAAUCCGCCUCCUCAAAAUGGGGGCAGCCCCUGCCCAGGCCCUGCUUCAGAAACACUUAACUGCUAAUGAUGGGAAUGCUCCUAGCAGAUGAUACAGCAAUGGGAUGCAUACAGUGAGAGGCCUGUGCCCUCAAGCACCCAGGCCAGCUCAUCCCUACACCAGCUUCCACCUGGGGUUCGUAGAAGGGCAGGAGGCAGUGCCAUGCAAGCUGUUUAAAAUAAAGAUAUUAGCCUGUAAAAUGCAAGUCGAUUUAAAGAAAUCUGAGUUAAAGGCUUAA